AUGACUGACUCAGGUUUAGCUGUUUAUCCUUUCAACGCAGUAAAAAACGUUUGGACUUGUUGGAAAACACUACACGCAGAGUAUAGUAGACACAAACAGAAAACCAGCAUCUAUGCCUUGCUUCAUCUAUGUAGACAUCUGCAGCCAAGCAUAGACAAGUUUUGGACCUUCUUUGCAAGAACUUUGAGCGGCCUGUCUAGAAAUAAUCCAAAAUGGUCCAAGUGCAGCCGAUUUCCAAUCGAGGAAGACAAGAUAAAUGAGUGGUUUGAUCAUGAAGUGCCAUCUGAAGGUAAUGAAGAUAAUAAAGUGAUAAAAAUCGUGAAUGUUGAUCGACUGGGAAAACAGAACGAAAUAUACCUGAGGGAUCAACCAGAAAACUUUCCAAUGUCGCUUUCAAAUGAUAAUUUCGAAUUCUUUGUUCAUGGAACCAACCAUAAAGGCGCAAAAAAGAUCAUCGAAAAAGGUAUUCUUCUUGGCGAAGGAGCAGCCAGGCAAGACUUCAGUGAUGGAUCUGGGUUUUAUCUGGGCAUUGACUUGCAGAAAGCCGCUAUGUGGGCAAGACACAAAUAUCAGGACGGAGAAGCUGUUCUCAUCUAUCAGGUAGACAAGAGGGAGUUAAGAGGCGAUAAAAAUGAAAAAGGCCUUGAUCUUCGCAUUGACAAAGACAAGUGGAAGAAAGUAGUCAACGAAUACCGUUUGACAGGCUAUGGACGCAAAGAAAAGCGACCAAGCCCAGACUAUCGCGACGAACUAGAACAGUACUAUUUCAUAGAAGGACCCAUGGCUUCAGUGUCAGGAAAAAAUCCUAAACCUCGAGAGAAAGGCAGUGGCACAUAUCAGCUGUGUGUUAGGAAUGAAGCUUGUGCCAAAUUAUUUGACCGUAGCUUAAGUCACGUAAUUUUUUUGGAGCGAUGA